CACGUUCAAUUCAUAAACCUACCCUCCCUCGCCGUCGCCGUCCCGCCGCCGUCGUCGGUCUCCGGGAGAAUCAAUAUUAAAAUAGUGUCAUUCUUUCUGAAAAGUCAUGUGGAGAAUCAAGAACAUAGUUUUGGUGUUCAUUGCAUUAUGGGUAUUAUUGGAUUCUUCAUCUUCUUCAGUCUCUGCCUCUGUAACCUACGAUGGAAAAUCUCUAAUCAUCAAUGGCCAAAGAAGGAUUCUCAUUUCUGGUUCCAUUCAUUAUCCCAGAAGCACCCCUGAGAUGUGGCCGGAUCUUAUACAGAAGGCCAAGAAUGGAGGAUUGGAUGUUAUUCAGACUUACGUUUUUUGGAGUGGCCAUGAACCUUCACCUGGAAAAUAUAAUUUUGAAGGAAGAUAUGAUCUUGUGAAUUUCCUUAAAUUGAUUCAGCAAGCAGGACUUUAUGCCCAUCUUAGAAUUGGGCCCUACGUUUGUGCAGAAUGGAAUUUUGGGGGAUUCCCUGUUUGGCUCAAGUAUAUUCCUGGUAUUGAAUUUCGAACAGAUAAUGAGCCUUUCAAGGAUGCCAUGCAGAAGUUCACCGAAAAAAUUGUUCAGUUGAUGAAGUCGGAAAACUUAUUUCAAUCCCAAGGCGGACCGAUUAUUUUGUCGCAGAUUGAGAAUGAGUAUGGACCGAUAGAAUGGGAGAUUGGAGCGCCCGGGAAGGCUUACACGAAAUGGUUCUCGCAAAUGGCUCUUGGCCUUAAUACUGGGGUUCCAUGGGUCAUGUGCAAGCAAGAAACUGCUCCUGAUCCUUUUAUAGACACUUGUAAUGGUUUCUAUUGCGAGAAUUUCAAGCCCAAUAAGGCUAACAAACCGAAAAUGUUCACUGAGAAUUGGACCGGAUGGUACACUGCAUUUGGUGGUCCUGUUCCUUAUAGACCAGUGGAGGAUUUGGCUUAUUCAGUGGCAAGGUUUAUCCAAAAUAAUGGCUCUUUUGUCAACUACUAUAUGUACCAUGGAGGAACAAAUUUUGGUAGAACAUCGGCUGGGAUGUUCAUAGCGACAAGUUAUGAUUAUGACGCUCCCCUAGAUGAAUAUGGAUUGAUUAGGGAACCUAAAUGGAGUCAUUUGAGAAAUAUGCACAAAGCUAUCAAACAAGCUGAACCUGCUUUAAUCUCAGCUUAUCCAACUGUUAGUUGGCCUGGAAAAAAUUUGGAGGUUCAUGUUUUCCAAUCGAAAACAGCUUGUGCUGCGUUCCUUGCAAACUAUAAUCCGGAUACAUCAGCUACUGUUACAUUCUGGAAUAAACCGUAUAGUUUACCUGCUUGGUCUGUUAGCAUUCUCCCUGAUUGCAAGACCGAGGUUUUCAACACUGCCAAGGUUGUCAGCAAAAGUGGGGAGGCAAAGAUGGUUCCAGCUAGUGAUGUUUCGUUUUCAUGGCAAUCGUAUGUUGAGCAGACAGUUUCAGCCGAUGAUGGAGACACGCUCGCCAUGAAAGGGUUGAGGGAGCAAAUAAAUCUCACUCGAGAUUCAUCUGAUUAUUUAUGGUACUUGACAAAUGUGAAUAUAAGCCCUGACGAAGGAUUUCUGAAGAACAAACAAAAUCCUCAACUUACAAUCAUGUCAGCUGGCCAUGCUAUACAUGUAUUCAUCAAUGGGAAGGUUUCAGGCACGGUUUAUGGAUCAUUGGAAAAUACACGGGUGACAUUUAGCGACAGUGUGAACUUAGUUGCUGGUAUCAACAAGAUUUCUCUUUUGAGCGUCACUGUUGGUCUUCCUAAUGUUGGCUUGCAUUUUGAAAGAAAUAACACUGGAAUUCUUGGGCCGGUCACGCUUAAGGGUCUUAAUGAAGGGACAAGAGACUUGACACAACAACAAUGGUCUUAUAAGGUUGGAUUAAAAGGCGAAUCAUUAAGCUUGGACACGGUUAAUGGAGCGUCUUCUGUAGAAUGGAUAGAAGGAUCGUUGCUAGCACAGAAACAACCCUUGACAUGGUACAAGGCCACUUUUGACGAACCAACAGGGAACGAUCCAUUAGCGUUUGACAUGAAAACAAUGGGGAAAGGCGAAAUAUGGGUAAAUGGCCAAAGCAUUGGCCGACAUUGGCCUGCUAAUAUAGCUAGUGGAAACUGCGGCGAUUGUAAUUAUGCUGGCAUAUUUACCGACCACAAAUGUGGGAGAUAUUGCGGAGAGUCGUCUCAGAGAUGGUACCAUGUCCCUCGAGGAUGGCUGAAAUCGACGGGAAACCUGGUGGUGGUGCUUGAGGAAUGGGGUGGUGACCCAACUGGGAUAUCUUUAGUCAGAAGACAACUAUAAGAAAUUAAGACACUAUUAAACAUUGUUGUUUUGGUAAAGACCCCCAAUUGUAUAGUCUUCAAUCAAAACACAUUCAUGUAACUGGAAAUUGAAAAUUAAAUUAAUAAAUGAGCACAAACACAAACAAAAGU